AUGAACAAUAAAUCAAUAAAUAUAAUAUUUAUCUUUUUUUUAAUAAAUUUAUUUGUCAAUUAUACCACUACUACAACUACUUCAACUACAACCAUCUAUGUUUCAAAUUUAAACCCAAAGACAUAUGAAGGAACAAACUGUGGGGAUUCAAUUAAUACUCCAUGUGUAAAUUUAAACGAUGCUUGUACUUUAGUUAGUCAAAAAAACAAUUCAAUAAUUGAAAUUGAAAUAUUAAAUAAUAAUAAACUUAAUAAUAAAGAAUAUAAACCAACAAGUAAAUUAGAAAUUGUUAAUGAAAAUUUAUCAUUUUCAAUUAAUGGUGGUUUAGAAUCAACUAUAAUUGAUAUAACAGAUUUUCAAGAUAGUUUCAUAAAUAUUAUAAAAACAAAUGUAACAACAACAACAGAAUCAACAAUUAAUAAUAACAAUAAUAAUAAUAAUAAUAAAUUUAAUUUUACAAAUUUAACAUUUAAAAGAAACUUAAACUUUUCAUUACCAUCUUCAACUAAAAUAAGGCCAACAUUAUUUAAUAUUGUAAAUAUUAAAAAUUUAUUAUUUAAUAAUAUUGAAAUAAUAUUAAAUAAUAAUACAAUUAAUGAUGGUAGUGACUAUCAUCAUACUGAUGAUGAUGAUGAAUAUCAUGAUGAUAACGAAAUUAUAAUUCAAGAAACUGCAUUUUUCAAUUUUACAAAUAGUAAUGUAAAAUUUUCAGAUUGUAGUAUCCCAUCAUAUAAACCAAUAAUUGGUAAAGAUAGUACUAUUGAAAUUAAUUUUUCAAAUUUCACUUUAGAUCCAAAUAAUUUAAAUUCAUGUUACCCAUGUCAAUAUAAAAUUAAUCAAUCUAUAGAUAUUGUUAAUAAUAAUAAUAACAAAAAUGACAACAACAACAACAACAAUAAUAAUAAUAAUAAUAAACAACAACAUAAAAAUAGUAAUUCAGAAUAUAAAGAAAAUCUAAUUAUCCUAUCAAUAACAAUCUCAUUCUCAAUCAUUAUAGUCAUAACAGCAACUUAUAAACUUUAUAAUAAGUAUAGAUUAUAUAAAACUGUAAAUUUAUCAAAAUCAAAUAAUAAUAAUAAUAAUAAUAAUAAUACUUCAACAAAAACAACUAGUGGUGGUAGUGGUGGUGGUAUUAAUUUACUAAAAAAUAUAAUUUCAAAGAAAACAAAUAGUGAUUAUAUUAAAUUAGAAGCUAUUAAAUCAGGGGAUAAUGUAAUUUCAAUAAAUUCGGAAUAA